CUACGAGCCCAAUCAAGCCCAUUCCUCACUCCUCUUAGACUCUCUCUCUCUCUCUCUCUCACUACAACAGCACGAAUCCAUGACGACGCUCAAAGAGAUCCUUACCCGACGGCCAGUGGCGGCGACCAUCCGCCUCACCGUCCCGGCCGGCGGCGCGCGUCCAGCUCCACCCGUGGGCCCCGCCCUAGGUCAAUACCGGCUAAACCUAAUGGCCUUCUGUAAGGACUUCAACGCUCGUACCCAGAAGUACAAACCGGACACGCCGAUGUCCGUUACCAUAACGGCGUUCAAGGACAACACGUUCGAGUUCACCGUUAAGUCGCCGUCGGUGACGUGGUACCUGAAGAAGGCCGCCGGCAUCGAGUCCGGCAGCGGCCGAACCGGCCACGUCGUCGCCUCAACCCUAACUCUAAAGCACAUUUAUGAGAUCGCCAAGGUGAAACAGUCUGAUCCUUUUUGCCAGUACAUGAGUCUUGAAGCUAUUUCGAAAUCGAUUAUGGGUACUGCUAAUACUAUGGGGAUUAAGGUUGUCAAGGAGUUGGAGUGACUGAAGUGAUUUGAGUCGUUAGGGUUUCGGUUAAAUUGUUAGUCGAGCCAUGUUACAAACACAGCAAUAUACGCAACAUUGACCGCAACAUGUCAAUGUGUCGUUACUUCGUUGGAAAUCGAAAUUAUCAAUCUACCGAAUGACCAAUGAAACAGUGUCACAUUAGCAUUAGCAUUAGCAUUAGCAUGUUGUGUUUAAUGUCGGGGAAAUUGUUAUGUUUCUAGGCUUUCUCAUUGUUAGACUGUUCAAUUGUGUUUUGACAUUUGAUGGUGUGAAAUGAUUUCUGCCUAUCAAUAAAGACUGGAGAACUAUGCUUGAUGUGGAA